CUAGUAUUUACGCACACACAAGCACACACACUGAACCGGGCUAACAAAACCAUGUCAAAGAUAAAUAGAGAGCACAGUUAUGAGGAAUCUACAGACUCUAAAUGCGUUGCCAAUUUUGGCUCUGGCAAGUUUGUUCAUCAAGAUAAGUGGAUCGCUCUCUCUUCGCCCUGUGCUGACUGGUCCUGACAUGGCCUACCUCGGUUCAAGGGUGGUUUUCCGGUGUAUUGCACCGGACUCGUCUCCGCCAAUCACUUACGAGCUGAUGGGGGACAGUGGUGACCUCAUCUUCACAGACACUGAUAUCCAAGGGGACCAAUCUGUACCCUUUUACCUGAAGGUCACUGCAACAUCAGAGGGGUCGUACCACUGCAAGGCAACAGCAGGAGGAAGCACAGGAGUCAGCAACAGCAUCAAGCUGAGUGUAGUCACUCCAGCAUUAAACACCAGAGUGACUUCUGAACCCUUCCCCCCCGUCGCAUACGAGGGGUCACACAUUGUACUGAGCUGCAACGUCACAAGGGGCUCCCACCUUUCCUACACCUGGUUUUUCAACAGGAAGGAAAUAACAUCUCCAACCUCUCCCUUCUUCCACCUCACUGGGAAUAAGGUUGUGAUGGAGGAGGUGACUCCAGAGCAUGCUGGGUACUAUUAUUGCAUGGCCUGGUCCAGUGUGCAGGACAUCAGGAGGUUUUCUAGCAGCGCAGAGGUCCAGGUGACAGUCAAAGCCUACGUUUCAAAACCAAGGGUUUCUUACUCCAUCUCCAAAGAGGGAGCCAGUUACCAUGGCAACGUGACCUGCUGGUCAACAAGAGGGAGUCCUCCUGUCAACAUCUCUCUUUUACUAGAUGAUAAGGAAAUGAGAUCUGUUACAGCAAGUGAAUCCGUUGCUGCCUGGUUCCCUGUCGACAUUGUACCGGGGCUGGACAUGGGCGUGGCUCGAUGUAAGAUCAAUACUGAAGUGCAAGAGUUGAUCAGUGAGCCUGUGACUCUGGAAGUGGUCCCAGUCGGAGGGGAGGUGAAAGUGGAGGUUGAAUAUCUCUUCAGAGCUGACUCCAGACUGGUUGCAGCCAGGCUGAACUGUCAGAUCAGCAGAGGAACUUUCCCUUUUGUGUCCUGGCUCUUGAACGACUCUGUCCUUGAGGACUCCCGUAUUCAGCCUCUCCUGUCUCACUACACCCUAGCUGACCAUAGACGAACCCUCUUCCUGGCCACGCUCCACCCAGAGGAGUUUGGGUAUUACCGCUGCAGGGUCAGGGACAGCUAUGAUGACUCUGGGCCCUGGGUGGAGAGCGCUGCUGAGCUGGUCCGAGUCCCAGAGAGGCUCCUUAACUCCAUGGCCCGAGCAACAUCUUCCACUGAAACACCACCAAAGGUUUUCAUUGCCACCAUAGAGGUCAUUACCAUAGCGUUCUGCUGCUUCCUUUUUCUGAUGCUUGCAGUGGGUGUAGGUUGUGUUUACAAGAUGUUUGACCACAAGCAAGCCCGCGCCCACAUUACUACAACAAAUCCCAGUUCCGAUGCACGUCCUAUGUCUGCACCCACGUCCCAGUCAGGAGCCAAACAGGCCGAUACUUCCUCAGUAGACUGUGAUGAUCUGUAUCAGGUAUACAGGCCUGCAGAACAUAUAACAACACUGCACAUAAACACUACCCUUAGUUACUAGUUAUAGAGUAAAUAGUAAAUUCCUUUCCAUUUAAACCAAAAUAAAUAUAAAUUUAUUAUGAAUUGAUUAUUGGAAACUUUAUUUUUCAUAUAUAUAUGUAAUUGUAUUCUUGCUUGUAGAAGAAAAAUCAUAUUUUUGCAUUUUCACUAUAUAAAAUAAUAAAUACAUUUUGGCUUUUAUUGGAGCAGUUGUGGAGCAGAAAUUGUGAACCAGGUAUAAAGAAGACAACAUCAUGACUGUAUAUUUCUCUGUUUCAGACCGCAGAGAUCACAAUAUGACACAGGAGGAACCUGCACUCAUCAUGUCAUUAUUCCAUUUUAAACCUAGUUUUUGUUAAUCUGCGAGGAUGGAAAUUAGGACUUUAACUAAACUGCCAAGUCGCUUAUAAGAAAUUGGUGGAACAUUCAAUUAAAACAUAUUAUAUUUCAGCCAAACUAAUAUAUACUGUCGUGUUUUUUGCAUAUAAAAAUCCUGAUAUUAAAUUAUGUUUUGUUGUUUUUUCAAAUAAACCAAUGAAAAAGUUUUGCUUGA